GCGGUUUACUUGACUUGCAGCGGCGUGAAAAGCACAAAACCACGACAAGUCAUUAGACUUUAUUCAGCUCUACCAAGGACCAGCAAAACACUUAAAGUCGAAUUUAGAUCCGACAACAAGGCCAAUCAUUACGCUCACCGGCUCAAUCGCAAAGAUGCGCAAAUCUACACUACGCAAAACGACUCUCCUCUCCCUCAUCGGCCUCUCCUCACAGCAAUCCACAGUAACAUGGGGCGAACCUUUCACAGUGGACAUCAGCACCCCAGCCGCCGCAUCAACCGCAUCAACCGAGAAUCUACUUCCAUCGUCCUCGCAGCACCUGCUCACGCACUCGAUUGCUCCAUCAGCCACCUUGCCAUCACUAUCAGUGUCGGACAGUACGGUGAUCUCUAAUAUCCAGAGUGCUGUGAGUAGGGACUCGACAUUUAGUACCGGAUCAGCUACAUCGCCUUCGAGUGGGUCGACGGUGAGCACGUCGGUUAGUCAGAGUGGGACUACAACGAGCACGCCGACGACUCAGAGUACGAGAACUGUGACGAGUGGGUCGGGGACGGGCGCUGGGGCGCAAAGUACGGGCGUUGCAGCUCCAGUAUACCGGAGGAUGGGAGUCGCUGGCGCGUUGGCCGGGGCGGCAGGAGUGUUGUUUGUAUGAGACUUCAGGGCGUUAAUUGUGAAGAAUAGAAGAAAUUGAACAAGUCGAUCAGCGGGAAAUCGUUGACGGUGAAGAUGGGGCGUUGAGAGGUCAAAUCUUGUAAGCCGGGAGAGAUGGGCUCAUCAAGUUGGAAACCGAGCUAUCGACCCUCAUCGCCGGGAGGAAAUGGGGAAAAUAACUUGCGCUCCAAUAUUCACAUUGCUUGAAAUACUUCAGGCUCUUUAAGUGAUUCAUUUCC